UUACGUACGGUGUCGCUCCAUCAAUGUGAUGAGUACGCUCUAGUUUCUAUUGUUAAGCGUCGUGGUUUUAAAUAUAUAUAUAUUAAGAUAAAACAUUACUUUUUUCUCUUCCAUCAUUAUAACCAAAACCAAGAAUGAGCGGCGGGGUGUAUGGAGGAGAUGAGGUUGGAGCUUUGGUCUUCGAUAUAGGAUCUUACAGUGUACGGGCAGGAUAUGCUGGGGAGGACUGUCCCAAGGCUGACUUCCCUACUGUGAUCGGCGUAACUUUGGACAGGGAGGAUGGGAGCACACCCAUGGAAACCGACAUGGACAAGGGCAAGCAGAGUGGCCACACAUACUAUAUAGACACGAACCAGCUCAGGGUUCCACGUGAGAACAUGGAAGUUAUGUCCCCUCUCAAAAACGGCAUGAUUGACAACUGGGACAGCUUUCAAGCUGUUUUGGAUCACACCUACAAGAUGCACUUCAAGUCAGAGCCAAGCCUGCACCCCGUGCUUAUGUCCGAGGCCUCGUGGAACACGCGGGUGAAGAGAGAGAAGCUGACUGAGUUGAUGUUUGAACACUACAACAUCCCUGCCUUCUUUCUGUGCAAAACCGCUGUGCUGUCGGCAUUUGCCAACGGCCGAUCCACAGGUCUGGUGCUAGACAGCGGCGCCACACACACAACCGCCAUCCCAGUCCACGAUGGAUAUGUCCUGCAGCAAGGUAUCGUGAAAUCACCCCUCGCUGGCGACUUCAUGAGCAUGCAGUGCAGGGAGCUUUUCCAGGAGCUGGGCGUGGAAAUAAUCCCUCCGUACAUGAUUGCGGCGAAGGAUGAGGUCCGUGAAGGUGCGUCCGCCAGCUGGAGGAAGAGGGAGAAACUACCGCAAGUGAGGCGUUCCUGGCACAACUACAUGUGUAAUACUGUGAUCCAGGACUUCCAAGCGUCUGUACUGCAGGUUUCUGAUUCACCAUAUGAUGAGCAGGUGGCUGCCCAGAUGCCCACGGUGCACUAUGAGUUACCCAACGGCUACAACUGUGACUUUGGAGCAGAGAGGCUGAGGAUCCCCGAGGGCUUGUUUGAUCCCUCCAACGCCAAGGGUCUGUCGGGGAAUACCAUGCUGGGUGUGGGUCACGUGGUGACGACGAGCGUAGGGAUGUGCGACAUCGACAUCCGACCGGGCCUGUACGGCAGUGUCGUCGUCACGGGGGGAAACACGCUGAUCCAAGGCUUCACUGACCGGCUCAACAGGGAGCUGUCCCAGAAGACACCCCCGAGCAUGCGCCUCAAGCUGAUAGCCAACAACACCACCGUGGAGCGCAGGUUCAGCGCCUGGAUAGGCGGCUCCAUCCUCGCCUCUCUGGGAACCUUCCAGCAAAUGUGGAUCUCAAAGCAGGAGUAUGAGGAAGGGGGCAAGCAGUGUGUGGACAGAAAGUGUCCGUGAUUGGCUGUAACUCUACAGAAAAGGCUGGUCUUUCCUCUGGACUCAGGAACAUCCUAUAAUGGCAUUUUUUCCCCUCCUAUGGCAUUUAAAAUUGUUUUCCUUUUAUCGGGUUAUUUUAUGUGGUGUUAGUUUUGAGAUCCCCACUCAGGCAAAUUGCUGUUAGAGUUCAAGAGUUGUAAGCCUUUUAUAAUUAUAUUUUGAUAAGGCACUGAUUAAUCAUUUUAUACAAUCAGUCUUUAAUUAUGCCAUGUUCAUUUUAAACAGCAGCGAUCGACAAAAAUGCUUUGUACAUACCUGUGUGUCACAUUGCAUUACAUGCGAUCAAAGAGCAUCGUCUUUUAACAGGAAUUUCAUUCUCACCUCACUGUCUAAAUUUGAAAUACAGCUGCAUUAUAUGUUGAAUGACCUGCCUUCUAGUGGACUGUGAAAGUAAGAAUAUUCACAGAGGAUGUUCUUUUAUGUAUGAUAUUCAGUGCUUCUUUUAUUGUAAGACAUAGAACUAGCUGAAAACAAUGAACUGCAUUUGAGGUAAAAUUUUAUUUGAGAUUUAAGAGCUGCGAGACUGCAUGAAUUGCAGAGUUAAUCUCACGUGUGUGUUUUGGCUAUUAAAGAAAAAGAAAAAAAAAAAAGCUUCAUUGUUAUA